GCUGUUAAUAGUGCGGGCGUAAACAGCUGUGCGGGCGUAGAAUAGAAAUAUAGCUUCUCGUUUAUACAUUUUUGUUACUUAACAUUUUUAAAAUUAAUUGCCAAGAGAAAUGUCCAACGAAAAUACUUUGGAUUUACAUUACGUUCAUCAAAGUUUCCAAAGAAGUCUCAAAGAGGACGAUGACGUGGUCAUAGAAGCUUACAUAGAUGGUUACAAUGAACUAGUGAAGUUCUUAAACUUAAUAGGAUCUGUGUUCUCAUUUGUGAGUAGUGAUGUAAAAAGUAAAAUUAAAGUGAUGGAGAAACAUAGAGAGGGUGAUGAUGCUAUUAACUAUGAAUCCUUUAAGAAGAUGAUGAAGUAUGAGAAGGAGACUAGCCUACACGAUAAGAGCGGCUUUGUGUCCGGUUCUAGGACAAUGCUCCGCUUACAUAGAGGCUUGGAUUUCAUUAGACUAUUCUUGAAACGCCUUGCUGAAGAAGAAGAUGGGUUGAGUACAUGUGGAAUGUGCCAGUUCUCAUACAACGAGACCCUGGCGGAGUUCCACCCCUGGUACAUUAGGAAAGCUGCCACAUUAGCUAUGCAUGCCUUACCAUCUAAACCAGACUUGUUGAAAAAGAUUUUUGGCUCAGAGGAAAGCUUGUUUGCUGCUAUGGAGAUAUUACCCCAAACCCUCGGGUCUUGCGACGAAGUGUACAGAACACAAAGAGUUUUGUACGGGAACCGAUGUCGCCGACUCGCCCCCACUACACUUCCACCUAAUAGAUAAUAGCCAAUCAAACGACGCAACAUCAAACAAUCGAACCAAUCAGCGCUCAUAGCCGAGAGCAACGACGCAGUCAGAACCAAGUUUUGAGCAUUCGCUAACACAUAACUGUGGCGCGCCUGCCCCGUCCACAAAGUCCUUCUAACCUUUUUCUGUGUUCUGUGAUUGGCACGAGUUAAAAGUUAAUAUUGCCAUCACCAUGUUAUUUUAUUGCACAGCUGUAUUUUUUGUUUCUAUAAUUAAGAUCAUGUAACAUUAAGAUUACGUCAAGGUCCGUUUGUACUUUUUAUACGUUUACCGUGAAGUACAGUAAUGUAUUUAUUAGAUUAAUAAGAUUGUUUAAAAAAAAUAGAUUAAAUCUAUGCACGUAUUAAAUAAGUCGAGCUAGGUACUUCCCUUUUUCAAGUUACAGAGUACUUGUAUCAUUUUCAAUCAAAGAAAUGUUUAAAGACUCUCUCAUUUAUAACUCAACUCAUUUAUAGGUAGACCGCUUAGCUGAGUCCUCGCCUGCGGGGUAAAGGGUGUGGGAGAGGACGAGAACGGGGACCGUGAGAGGUGCGGGAGACAGGCAUAUUGUUACGUGUCGGGAUGGGGUUCGAAAUUAUAUGCUAGUUCACUCUUGUCACUACUUUAUUCACCACACAGUUAACACACAAUGUUAAUCACAAUACACUCAAUAAACACUGUAUUUCGCUACACAAGUCUUUAAACAAUCGCACUUGAACACUUUUGAUGCACUUUGAUUGCUUUCGUAUUCGUUCCGAAAUCGUUGUUGAUACUCAACUCAACUGUCUCUGCGCUGCGCGAUCGCGCUUCUAUAAGCCAAUCGACGCAUUCUAGAAAAUAUCCGUUAAAUUCAGAGUUAGCUAGCACCCGCGAGUGCGUAGUAGCUACUUAUACCUACGUAGGUAAUGCGCAUAAUAUGUAAACAAGUGCAGAUAUCGUUGUACUUUCCCCCUUACGCCGCACUGCAUAAGGCUUAUAUUAGAAUGACCCGCACCGAUCGACCUUUAUCGCGAUCCGCUGUGUUCUGGUAAAUUCGGUCUCUAGUAUUUUUGCGGUUUUGUUUCAAGAGCGUUUGUGACAAUAUUCUUGUCAAAAUAACAAGCGCUCGCCGCCCGCACCUCUCAGUUAAGCUGUCUACCUAUAAUUAGUUUAUUCAUACAUUACAUACAUUUAUACAUAAAAAAAUACUAUUUUUCGCGAGCUCUAAACAGUGUUAAAUUGUCUAUUAGUUUAUCAAUUUGGGCUCAAUUGUAACAUUUGCUCAGAUGUAUAUUUCAACGUAGCUUUUGAUAACGAAACGUAGAGAUGUUGUAGCAGUCUAUCGAAAAUAACGUGUACCUACCGCGUAUAUUAAAUAAAGUUCAUAAUUGUAAUCAAAAUUGAUUGAGCCACAAGUUGUAAAUCGUCGAGAGCGCUUUUGUUUUGGAAUCCAUGCAGCUUAAUAAGUAUAAUAUUUGCUUAAGUGUGUAAUAGCCGAAUCCUUUAUAUUGCUACUGUAAUGGAAAAAAUAAGCUGUUGUUAUAACGCAUAUUGAUUGCCUCAAUGUGAUGUGUGAUCGUGAAUAUUCGAUUGUAUUUACGCCGUUGAUUGUUUUUGAUUAGCCAAAUUGGCUCGUGGAAUGAAACACACACAUAAGUACCUUAUAAGACAUAAAAGAACUUUUUGUAAGUAUCUAUUUGAGUAUGAUGUAGAGCAAAGAAGGGCACGGUAUUUUUAUAAUGCCGUCGCCGCUUCACAAUGCUUUCCGUAUAAAAUAUUGGUUUUUGUAUAAUAGUCACUCUUCUUUUUAUUUCAUAAAAAGCAGGUAACGAUUUAAAUGGAUAUACUGUUGUCAAAUUUACAAAAUACAAAGCAAAUACGGAUCGUUGUGAAGUGCUAACAUAAGAAUUAAUUAAUGCUACGAAGGACCAAAUUAGGCCCCCUUAGAAUAUACUCAAGUGACCUGCCUCAAAAAUUCUCGUAAUUUUUUGCUACAAAUUGACAUUAAGACAGUUUCUACGGACCUGUAGAGAAGAAGAGACCGAUAUUUUUUUUAAUCAGGUCACUAUUACAGCUUGUUCAUACAUGGCGGAAUCCGCGCGGAUUUAAUGGCGCAUGGUCCGCGCCGAACAGUAUGAAACGUUGUAGUAUCAUGCCAUUAUAAUAAGCUCUACGCUGACCUACGGUUGACCCGCGUGGGUUCCGCCGUGUCUGAACUAGGCCUCGCUCUGAGGGCAUGGGUUUCUUACUAAACUUCGAGUGUUGCAAAAUGAGAAAUUAAUUUUAAAACGAAUGUAAAAUUAUCUGGACUGCCCCCAGGGUUGCCAUUGCCGAGACGUCGUAAAUAUUUAAACGUCGGGAUUUUGUGCAUAAUGAGAAAUUAAUUUUAAAACGAAUGUAAGGUUAACUUGCCAUAUCGAGAAGUGGUAAAUUUUUAAAUGUCGGGAUUUUGGGGAUGUUAUCUGUCGUCAUGUUCCUUUGUCGGUAGGUCGUUAUGAGUCACGAGAUCGAAUAAUAUAUCGGGAGAAUCCAGGCGAUUCCCAACCAUCUGGCAACUCUAGCUGACCUCCAGGAAAAUCCCUAGCUGCGCCAAUGUCUAAGGGCGCGCAAUAUUAGUAGCAUACUUACACUCACUGAAUAUAAUAAAUUAUAAUCAUCUCAAAUGUAUCUCUCUCCUGCGGCGCUAUUAAAAUGUGAUAACUCCAUAGAUUUAAAUAUUACGCAUGGGUUAAUGUAGCGACUACCUAUACCUUAUAUUGAACAAACAAAACAGAUCCUUUUCAUUACUGUAAUAUUCGUAUUUUCGGGCAAGUAUUGUAAGGAUUACGGAAUUAUUAUAACAAUAGGUGCAAUUGUUUGAAAAAAGCCUUUGCUUUAAACUGUUUGCAUGUUAUGCAAUAUUUAAUUUUACUGUUGCAUCCAAAGACGUCAAUUAAAAGUAAUCAUCAGUAAUGUCAAAAUAAUGUGUUGACUUAUUCCACUGCUAGAAAAGUGACAGCAUUAAAUAGGUUAAUCAAAAUUUAUAAUUAAUUGACGUCUUUGCGUGCAAUUUAUAUUUUAGUUUGGAAACUAAUGUGUGAUAAAGUGACUAAUGAUUCUCGAUUACACUCACAAAAAUCUCAUUGAUUGAUCAGGAAACAACCUUAAUAUUAUGAUACCGAAGUGUACUUUAGUCUAUGGGUAAAUUCUGGCUAAUAUCGUCAAUAUCUUAAGUAAUUAAACAGCAUUUUUUUUUACUGUCAUGGCCUUGCUUGACUGUAUACAAAGAAAUAAGCCAUCAAUACAUGUACUUAAAAUUAAGUGUAAUACAGAAUUGUUGGUUAUCGAUAGAAGCAGGGCCGAAUUCAAGGCAAGGUAUGCGAUGUUGUGGCCCAGCAGGGGCCCCCAAAACAGAGAUAAACAAUAAUUAAAUUUCGAUUGGUCGUCAAAUAGGGGUCCCCGACUCCUGUCGCAAGGCCUGCACACCCCUAAAUCCGGCCCUGGAUAGAAGAGUUCCUUUUUAAUUUUAGAAAUCGCUAUUUAAUAUAAUUUGAAUUGAGAAAAUUUAUAAAUGUAUAAUUUUAUUGUAAUAAUUGUUUAAAUGUAUAUAAUUUUGAGUUUUCUGUCCGUCUCCCGUGUUCUGUAGUACAUUCCCAGACUUUUUCUGAUUAGAUGGGACACGAGACGGAUAUUCUGUAAGCGAAUUGAGAUUUAUAAUUUGCAAAUAAAUGUUUGCCAAGCA